CUCUCCUCCCCUCCACCUCUCCCUCUCUCCUCCCUCCACCUCAUGUCCCAACACAGGUAGUCCAUGUUUAAGGACCUAGAGGAAGAAAUGGACCUUACAGGUAGAAGACUGAAACAUUUGAGCUGAGUGAGCUGUGACUUACAUCUAAAAUGAGUCUCUCUGAGGAGAGAGAGGAGGAGACCACUGCCUCUAAAACGAGUCUCUCUGGGGAGAGAGAGGAGGGGACCACUGCCUCUAAAACGAGUCUCUCUGGGGAGAGAGAGGAGGAGACCACUGCCUCUAAAACGAGUCUUUCUGGGGAGAGAGAGGAGGAGACCACUGCCUCCAAAAUGACUCAAGACACCAGUUCUAAGAGUGUCCAGAAGCCCAGAGCAGAGUCCCCUACAACCAGCCUGCUAUCAAUGACGAGUGAUCAGCCACCUGCUUUCAGCCAGGAACCAUUACCAGAUGACAAUAAUGAAGUGGAGAGUUUGGACAGUGAGGAUCCAUUAAAGAUCCCACACAACCUUCUGGACAGAAGAAGUCAAACUCUGCUGACAGUCCAACAAGACAUUAAGGCUAAACUGAAACACAAGUAUCAACACAUAUCUGAAGGAAUUGGACACCAUGGAAACCAAAGUCUGUUAAAGGACAUCUACACAGAGCUCUACAUCACAGAGGGUGGAAGUGGAGGGCUCAAUAAUGAACAUGAGGUUAGACAGAUAGAGAUGGCAUCCAAGAAACAAACCACACAAGAGACACCAAUCAAAUGCAACGACAUCUUCAAGCCUUUACCUCGACAAGACAAACCUAGCAGAACUGUGCUGACAAAAGGAAUCGCUGGCAUUGGAAAAACAGUCUCUGUGCAGAAGGUCAUCCUUGACUGGGCAGAGGGAAAAGCAAAUCAGGACGUUCAUUUCAUGUUUCCUCUUCCUUUCCGUGAUCUGAACCUGAAAAAGGACCAAUACAGUCUGAUGCAACUUCUUUCCCACUACUUCCCAGAGCUGAAAGAAAUUGACAGCAUUGAAGAUGGUGAAACCAAAACUGUUUUCAUUUUUGAUGGUCUGGAUGAGUGUCGACUUCCUCUAGAAUUCAAAAACAAUGAGAAGUGCUGUGAUGUCAUGAAGCCAACCUCAGUGGACGUGCUGCUGACAAACCUCAUCGAGGGGAAUCUGCUUCCCUCUGCUCUCGUCUGGAUAACCUCACGGCCUGCAGCAGCCAAUCAGAUCCCUGCUGAGUGUAUUGACCAGGUGACAGAGGUACGAGGGUUCAAUGAUCCACAGAAGGACAAGUACUUCAGGAAGAAAAUCCCAGAUCAGAAUCUGGCCAAUGAAAUCAUCAAACACAUGAAGACAUCAAGGAGCCUCCACAUCAUGUGCCACAUGCCAGUCUUCUGUUGGAUAUCAGCCACUGUCCUUGAGAUGAUACUAAAAGAGGCAGAGAAGGAUGAAGUCCCCAAAACUCUGACCCAGAUGUAUUCACACUUCAUGCUCAUCCAAACCAUUGUGAAGAACAAGAAGUACAACAAAGCAACAGAGACAAACCCAAAGGAACUGUCUCAGUCAGACAAAGAGAUGAUCCUGAAACUGGCAAAGCUGGCUUUCCAACAGCUGCAGAAGGGCAACCUGAUCUUCUAUGAGGACGACCUGAGAAAGUGUGGCCUUGAUGUCACAGAGGCAUCAGUGUACUCAGCAUUGUGUACAGAGAUCUUUAAAGAAGAAUCUGGGCUGUACCAAGAGAAGGUCUACAGCUUUGUGCAUCUGAGCAUUCAGGAGUUUCUAGCAGCAGUGCAUGCUUUAGAAUCAUGUCUGGGCAAGACGGAAAAUGUUUUCCCCCACAAAGCAGUCACUAGUGAUGAUGAUGAGGAGUCAAUCAGAAAAGCAGUCACUAGUGAUGAUGAUGAUGAUGAUGAUUACGAUGCUGAUGAAGAUUAUCAUGAUGAAGACGAGAAGGAUGAUGAUGAUGACGAUGAAGAGGAGUCAAUCCAGUUGUCUUACUUACACAAGAGAGCAGUGGACCAGGCAUGGAAAAGUAAGAAUGGACACCUGGACCUGUUCCUCCGCUUCCUUCUGGGUCUCUCACUGGAGUCCAAUCAGAAACUGUUACGAGGCCUUCUGACACAGACAAGAAGUACAACACAGACCAUUGAGGAAACAGUUGAGAGAACAGUCAGGUACCUUUCAUACAAGAUCAAGUACGAAUCCUCACCAGAAAGGAUCAUCAACUUGUUCCACUGUCUGAAUGAACUUGGUGCCAACUCUCUAGUUGAAGACAUGCAGACCUCCCUGCGAUCAGGAACUCUUUCAGAAACAGAGCUAAAACCUGACCAAUGUUCAGCCCUGGCCUACCUGUUACUGAUGUCAGAGGAGGUGCUGGAGGAGAUUGACCUGAAGACAUACAACACAUCAGAGGAAGGUUAUCAGAGGUUGCUGCCGGUAGUGAAAACCUGCAAGAGAGCACUACUGGAUGGCUGUAAACUCACAUAUGAAUCCUGUGAGACUCUGGCCUCAGCUCUGCAGACACCAAACUCCCCCCUGAGAGAACUAGACCUCAGCUACAAUGACCUGGAAGACAGAGGAGUGGAGCUGCUCUGUGUUGGACUAACCAGUCCACUCUGCAACAUACAGACACUAGUACUGGAUCGCUGUAAACUCACAUAUGAAUCCUGUGAGACUCUGGCCUCAGCUCUGCAGACACCAAACUCCCCCCUGAGAGAACUGGACCUCAGCAACAAUGACCUGGAAGACAGAGGAGUGGAGCUGCUCUGUGUUGGACUAACCAGUCCACUCUGCAACAUACUGACACUAGUGCUGUCUGGCUGUCUGGUCACAGAGGAGGGCUGUGCUGCUCUGUCUUCAGCUCUGAGGUCCAACCCCUCCCACCUGAAAGAGCUUGACCUGAGCUACAAUCACCCAGGAGACUCUGCAGGAGGACUGCUUUCAGCUGCUCUGGUGGAUCCCACAUAUAAACUGAUGAAGCUGAAUGUUGAUCAUGGUGGAGAGUGCAGGCUGAAAUCAGGGCUGAGGAAAUAUGCCUGUCAUCUCACCCUGGACCCAAAUACAGUAAACCCAAACCUGAUACUGUCUGAGGGGAACAGGAAGGUGACAUUGGUGGAAGAGAAGCAGCAUUAUGAAGACCAUCCAGACAGAUUUGACAGUUGUCACCAAGUUCUCUGCAGAGAAGGCUUAUCUGGAUGUCGUUAUUACUGGGAGGUGGAGAGGGAUGGUGACAGGGAUGGUGACGUGGCUUUCAUUGGUGUGGUGUACAGAGGAAUAAAGAGGAAGGGACAGGAGAGUGAAUGUUGGAUUGGAUUCAAUAGGAAGUCCUGGUGUUUAUUCUGCUAUGAUAAAGGUUAUCACUUUUACCAUGCUGGAGUCCGUACGAGAUUCAUCGCUCGUCCUCAUUCUGACAGAGUUGGAGUGUAUCUGGACUGGCCAGGUGGUAUUUUGUCCUUCUAUAGUGUGUCCUCCUCUGGUACACAGACACACCUUCACACAGAACACACCACAUUCACUGAACCCCUCUAUCCUGGAUUUUGGUUUUCCCCCUCCUCCUCAAUGACCUCAGUGACCCUGUGUCAGAUAGAUGACCAACACAUUCAGAGAGACCAUGGUGGAGAGAGUUGGAUCAAGCCUGGACCUGAGAACACCAGAGACCAUGGUGGAGAGAGUUGGAUCAAGCCUGGACCUGAGAACACCAGAGACCAUGGUGGAGAGAGUUGCAUCAAGCCUGGACCUGAGAACACCAGAGACCAUGGUGGAGAGAGUUGGAUCAAGUCUGGACCUGAGAAAUGGAUUCCUCAGAGCUGUAAGACUUGUGACCAUGUUGAGGACUCCACACACUGGCUUCAGAUUGAACCCUUGACUUCCACUGUCCAGGGAGUGACAAUGUUCAGGCACAGGACACCCAAAGGGAGUUAUGAGUGCACAGUGUCUGGGCUCCGCUGGCUGUGUGAGAGAGAUGUCAUUCUGAAGUAUCAUUUCAGGAACUGGGAACCCUACAGUCAACUUCUGAAAGACAUGCAGUACACACAAGGUGGUCCAUUGCUGGACAUCACGAUGGAGUUAGGUGAACUGGAGGAAGUUCAUCUGCCACACUUUGUCUGUUUAGGGACCAACCCUUCCCUGAGGAAUGAGAUGAAGAUUCUUCAUGUAGAGGAACAUGGAGUGUCUUUAGAGGAAGUGCAUGAGGUCACCAGAUUCCAUGCUAAGAUUCUCCAUCCCAAAUUCUCUGCUUUCUCUGUUAUACUGAGAUUACUGUCUUGGAAAGUAGAUGUCCACUGUGAGCUGAUGCUCUAUCUGACAGUGAUGAAGGAAUCACUAAUUCCACGCCUAUACCUGUUCCCUAGUAACCCCGGCCAAAUACAGGCUGUGGAACAACAGGAAAAGUCUCAAGGGUCUUCAAGGAUUCUCAUCUCCAGACCAGAGCAGUCCUUCAAACUGAAUAGUUCCUUCAGACUGAACAUUCCCCGUUCUACCUCCAUCAAUCCACAGAGGAUUCAUCUCAUACAUAGAGACACCACACCAAGCUUUUUCAGGGCGGUUGUGAAAAUGACAGGGAUUGACAUUGAGAUGGAGUUAUUCAGUGAUGAUGAGAGGACAGUAUGGAAAGAAAUUGUAUUACGAGAUGAGUACUAUCAGAACCAAGGUGUUGUGUUGUGGGCAGGAGGUCCGGCUGAGAGCAGUCUGACUGGUUCUCCAGAGCAGCAGCUGCGUUCUGUAAGGACAGAGUUUGUGAAACGAGUAUCAGGACCUGUCCUGGAUGGUCUGCUGGAUGGACUCCUGCAACAAACAGUCAUCAACCAGGAGGAAAUGGAGUCAGUGAGGGUGAUAGCUGAGAGGGCAGAGAAGGCACGAGUCAUCAUCGACAUGGUGUUGAGAAAAGGAAAUGAGUCAAGUUCCAGGAUGAUCAACCUUCUUGGGGAGCUGGACCCCUGUCUUUGGUCACAGCCUCAGAUCAACAGUUGUAGUCAACCCCUGGGUGUGGGGAGACCAGGCAGAAUAGACAGGCAGGAUGGUUCAACAUGUUCUUGCUGUCUGUUGCUUUAAUUCAGGCUCCCAAAAAUGUACAGAAAAUGUCAAUCAAACAUGACCACUAUAAUAGCAAUAAACUUACUGAAGGACCAACCACACAGCAUCUCUCCUUCUGCAGCCUCCUGGAAGUGUGGAUC